AUGGCGUGUGUGCUGCUGCAGGUUAGUCGCGUCCCCGGCCUCCACGCCAGCAGGAAAAUGGACUUCGGGAUUAACGCGAGUGAUAAGGGUGUUCCUUCUCCGGGCUGGAUGAAGAGAAAAGUCAAGUGCGAAAUGGCAAGCAGAUGCGCACAGGCACCAGGUGAUGAAAAGCACAUCCAUACAGAACCUCAUCAAGCAUGCAAGAACACAGUACCAUCUAGCACCCCCCCUUCCUCGUCUUAUAAGGUACCAUCGAGUACUCCCUCGUCCCUGUAUAGGGUACCGCCGAAAAUUCCUUCUUCGUCCUAUAGAGUACCAUCUAGCACCCCCCCUUCCUCGUCUUAUAAGGUACCAUCGAGUACUCCAUCGCCAUCUUAUAAGGUACCACCAAAAAUUCCUUCUUCGUCCUACGGAGUACCAUCCAGCACCCCCCCUUCCUCGUCUUAUAAGGUACCAUCGAGUACUCCAUCGCCAUCAUAUAAGGUACCCCCUUCCCCGUCCUAUAAGGUACCCCCUUCCCCUUCCUAUAAGGUACCACCAAAAAUUCCUUCUUCGUCCUAUAGAGUACCAUCUAGCACCCCCCCUUCCUCGUCUUAUAAGGUACCAUCGAGUACUCCCUCGUCCCUGUAUAGGGUACCGCCGAAAAUUCCUUCUUCGUCCUAUAGAGUACCAUCUAGCACCCCCCCUUCCUCGUCUUAUAAGGUACCAUCGAGUAUUCCAUCAUCAUUAUAUAAGGUACCAACAAAAACUUCCUCGUCACCUUAUAAGGUACCAUCGAGUACUCCAUCGCCAUCAUAUAAGGUACCCCCAAAAAUUCCUUCUUCGUCCUAUAGAGUACCAUCUAGCACCCCCCCUUCCUCGUCUUAUAAGGUACCAUCGAGUACUCCAUCGCCAUCAUAUAAGGUACCACCAAAAAUUCCUUCUUCGUCCUAUAGAGUACCAUCUAGCACCCCCCCUUCCUCGUCUUAUAAGGUACCAUCGAGUACUCCAUCGCCAUCAUAUAAGGUACCCCCUUCCCCGUCCUAUAAGGUACCUUCAAGCACUUCAUCACCACUUUAUAAGGUACCCCCGAACUUUUCCUCUUCGUCCUAUAGAGUACCAUCUAGCACCCCCCCUUCCUCGUCUUAUAAGGUACCAUCGAGUAUUCCAUCGCCAUCAUAUAAGGUACCACCAAAAAUUCCUUCUUCGUCCUACGGAGUACCAUCCAGCACCCCCCCUUCCUCGUCUUAUAAGGUACCAUCGAGUACUCCAUCGCCAUCAUAUAAGGUACCCCCUUCCCCGUCCUAUAGGGUACCGCCGAAAAUUCCUUCUUCGUCCUAUAGAGUACCAUCUAGCACUCCAACGCCAUCUUACAAGGUACCCUCUUCCUGGUCGUUUAAGAUACCAUCGAGUACUCCAUCAUCGCUGUACAAGGCACCGGCAUAUGAAGUACCACUACCGAAGUCUCCUUCCCCUUUGUAUGAGGUACCAUCUGGGACUCCGUCGUCACUAUAUAAAGGACCAACUAGGACUCCAUCAGCAUUAUAUGAGGUACCAACAAAGACUCCAUCGCCAUCAUAUAAGGUACCACCGAAGUCUCCCUCUCCGUCUUACAAGGUACCAUCUAGUACCCCAGCCUCACUGUACAAGGUACCAUCUAGUACCCCAGCCUCACUGUACAAGGUACCAUCUAGUACCCCAGCCUCACUGUACAAGGUACCUCCGAAGUCUCCUUCUCCGUCAUACAAGGUACCAUCUAGUACCCCAGCCUCACUGUACAAGGUACCAUCUAGUACCCCAGCCUCACUGUACAAGGUACCAUCUAGUACCCCAGCCUCAUUGUACAAGGUACCUCCGAAGUCUCCCUCUCCGUCAUACAAGGUACCAUCUAGUACCCCAGCCUCACUGUACAAGGUACCAUCUAGUACCCCAGCCUCACUGUACAAGGUACCAUCUAGUACCCCAGCCUCACUGUACAAGGUACCAUCUAGUACCCCAGCCUCACUGUACAAGGUACCAUCUAGUACCCCAGCCUCACUGUACAAGGUACCUCCGAAGUCUCCUUCUCCGUCAUACAAGGUACCAUCUAGUACCCCAGCCUCACUGUACAAGGUACCAUCUAGUACCCCAGCCUCACUGUACAAGGUACCUCCGAAGUCUCCCUCUCCGUCUUACAAGGUACCAUCUAGUACCCCAGCCUCACUGUACAAGGUACCAUCUAGUACCCCAGCCUCACUGUACAAGGUACCUCCGAAGUCUCCUUCUCCGUCAUACAAGGUACCAUCUAGUACCCCAGCCUCACUGUACAAGGUACCAUCUAGUACCCCAGCCUCACUGUACAAGGUACCAUCUAGUACCCCAGCCUCACUGUACAAGGUACCAUCUAGUACCCCAGCCUCACUGUACAAGGUACCAUCUAGUACCCCAGCCUCACUGUACAAGGUACCAUCUAGUACCCCAGCCUCACUGUACAAGGUACCAUCUAGUACCCCAGCCUCACUGUACAAGGUACCAUCUAGUACCCCAGCCUCACUGUACAAGGUACCUCCGAAGUCUCCUUCUCCGUCAUACAAGGUACCAUCUAGUACCCCAGCCUCACUGUACAAGAUACCACCCAGACGUCCCCCAUCGUCCUACUCAACCCCGCCACCCCAGCACGCAGCGAAGCCUCCAUCCCAGCUCUACCGGGCGCCUUCGAAGCCUGCUGGCCCCCUCUACAAGCCCCCGACCACUCUCUCGCCACACCCGCCGGACGACCCCACACACGCGCAGUUCGGGCCAUACGAUUCCACGGCGGUUCCCUCACACUCGCGCAGCCGCUACCGCUUCGAGUACGGCAUGGAGGACGCGGGACCGAGACCACCCUUCGGCCACGCGGAAGCAGGCGACGCAGCCACGAAGGACGGGCGGUACUUCGUGCACCUCCCCGACGGACGCACGCAGACGGUGUUCUACCACGCCAACGACACGGGGUAUUUCGCCCGGGUCGUUUAUACGAAGUCUGGGGACCCUGAGGAUCGUCCGAAGAGCUCUGGAGGAAGUCCUAGGGCGUCUUAUCUUUCAGAGGCCCUUAGGAAGUCACUGUCGUCUUAUCCUGACGCGGGGAGACCGAAGGCGAGCAAAAGAGCUGGCAAGUCUUCUGAUUACUCCAAGACGAAGAAGACGAAGACUCAUGCCAAGGAUUUCUAUAAACCGGUCUAUCUAUAUCCUAGGAUUCGAGUGCGGCCCAAGUCCGUUCCAAAGUCUCUUAGUAACAUUGCUUCUCAUCCCUUCAUCCGACCUUACGGGGCACGUAUCCACCCUUCUCCUAAAAAAUCGUACACCAAAACUCGCGCUCCUCUUCGUAGAAACUACAGUUUAAUUACUCGCUCUCCUACUCGCCAAGCUUAUACUUCUUUCACUCGCUCUCCUUUACUCGAGGCCUACACCCCAGCUCUCCUCGAGAACUCCAAUAGGGAACCAUCUCUUCCCGCGUCUCUGAAAUUCACUUUAUCUCCUCGUCCUCUGUCAAUAUUCUACACCUGCUCCCAAGUCUUACACCUUAGUCUCUCCUCCUCCGAGCAAGGCGACCAGUCCCCUGAAGCCCCCUCACCCCCGUACCUUCCCCCUCCCACUCUCCACGACGGCCUUGAUAACUCCGUAGUGCCAGCCGUCGUGCCAGUCAUCAUUCCCGUGGACGACCGCAACCCUCCUGCGGUAGUAGGCAAAAGGAUCGCUCUGCCGCUGCAGAGGGCCCACGCGUCCCACAGGAAGGAAAUUAACAAGAAAAGACUGGCCAAGGCGACGAAGUACAACCAUGAAGACAACCACGUUCUCAGAGAACUUGCGGAGUAUGAUGAGGCCGCGGAGGAAUACCUGUAA